GGCUUUACGUCCUGGGGAAUUGAGCUACCUAAGAUUCCCUGUGCUGGGACUGACCUCCCUGAGAGACUGAGCUGUGUAAAGACUGGAAUAUUCACUGUGCAACUUGGCACGUUCUUACACACUGAAUACCACAAUGUGAAGAAGGAAUUGAUCCCAGGGAGCUCCUAGAAAUUCAAUCGUGUUGCUACAUAUGUGGGGGCGUCAGCAGGCCAGGUUUAGGUGGGCGUUGCUAGAAAGUGAAACUUGUCUCUAAGUUAGAGCAGCUUAGGCCCAGAGGAAUAAGCACAGCAGCUUCCUGUCAGACAGGCAGCACACUGAGAGAAAAGGCGACCAGAAACCGCAGUAAUGCUUUAAUCUUGACACUGGAGACAAAGCACACCUUUGUAUGCUAAAAUGAUUAACAGAGUUCCAGUUGCCUUGCUCGCCUGCGGUUCCUUCAACCCCAUCACAAAUAUGCACAUGCGAAUGUUCGAACUUGCUAGAGAUCAUCUUCAUCAAACAGGACUGUAUAAAGUUAUCAAGGGUAUCAUUUCCCCAGUUAACGACAGAUAUGGGAAGAAAGGAUUGGUGGCAGCAAAACACCGUGUUGCUAUGGCUCAGCGAGCUCUGGAGACCUCGGAUUGGAUUACCCAGGACCCAUGGGAGAGUCAGCAGGAGCAAUGGGUGGAGACUGUAACAGUGCUGAGGCACCAUUACUCUGCGUUGUUUCACCAGUAUCAAGCUAUGGCUAGAACGUCUCCAGAAAGCACAAAAACACUGAAACAGAAACAUAAGAUAGAUUCAUCCAAAGAUCAGUCAGUUGUACCAAGGCUGAAAUUACUUUGUGGAGCGGAUGUUUUGAAAACGUUUGACAUUCCCAGUCUGUGGAAGGACGAACACAUUGAGGAAAUAGUUCAGAAAUUUGGUCUGGUUUGUAUUAGCCGUGGGGAUGUUGAUCCACAGAGAUUUAUUUACGAAUCCGACAUCCUCUUUAAACAUAGGCGCAACAUCCAUGUGGUGAGGGAAUGGGUAAUGAAUGAUAUAAGUGCCACUCACAUACGCCGUGCUUUACGCAGAGGACACAGUGUGAAGUACCUGCUCCCAGAAAGUGUCAUUGACUAUAUUCAGCAGCACAAUAUAUACACUGCAGAAAGUGAGCAGCAGAAUAUUUAUGAGAUCCUGCAGCCGUUAAAAUCUCAAAGCAGCAUGAUAAAUAUGCUAAAUGAUUAAAGUAUAAUUGAUAAUUUGGUUUGUCAGAGUCAACAAAUGUUUUGUAAUUCAAAAAAAAAUUGUUCUUUGAAAAUAUCAUAAUUGUGUAGAAGAAAUUCAUUUACAUUUUAACUGCAUUUCUCUAUUAUUACCUGAAAAAUUCAUUAAAAUUCAUUGAGUUUAA